AGGCAUCCCUGGCUACCACCAAACUCAGAGUAGCUGUAUCUGGCAACCGAGCUGCAGACAUGUGUGGAAUUUUUGCCUAUCUCAACUACCAUGUGCCAAGGACUCGACGCGACAUCCUUGAGAUUCUCCUCAAAGGUCUUCGACGUCUGGAAUACAGAGGAUACGACUCAGCUGGUGUGGGAAUUGAUGGAGGAAAUGGCAAGGAGUGGGAGUCAAAUGCCAAAUCUAUCCAGCUCAUCAAGCAGCGUGGAAAAGUAAAAGCUCUCGAUGAGGAGAUUCACAAGCAGCAAGAUAUUGACUUGGAUGUGGAGUUUGAUGUUCACCUUGGCAUUGCUCACACACGUUGGGCGACCCACGGUGUGCCCAGCCCCGUCAACAGUCAUCCGCACAGAUCAGACAAGAACAACGAGUUCAUUGUGAUUCACAAUGGAAUCAUUACCAACUACAAAGACCUGAGGAAAUUCUUGGAGAGCAAAGGCUAUGACUUUGAGUCAGAGACUGAUACAGAGACGAUUGCCAAGCUGGUGAAGUACAUGUAUGACAACCGAGAGAAUGACGACAUCAAUUUUUCCACCCUGGUUGAGCGAGUAACUCAGCAGCUGGAGGGAGCUUUUGCACUCGUCUUCAAGUGUGUUCAUUAUCCUGGAGAAGCUGUUGUCACAAGGAGAGGAAGUCCUCUACUAAUUGGAGUGCGCAGUGAUCAUAAGCUGUCCACCGAUCAUAUUCCUGUUCUCUACCGCUCCUCUGGUAAAGAAAAAAAGAGCUGCAACGCAAUUCCCCGGUUGGAUCAAGACACCUGCCUGUUCCCCAUCGAAGAGAAAGCAGUAGAGUAUUACUUUGCAUCCGAUGCUAGUGCUGUGAUUGAGCACACAAACCGGGUGAUCUUCCUUGAGGAUGAUGAUGUGGCUGCUGUGAUGGACGGCCGGCUGUCCAUCCACAGGAUAAAGCGCAGAGCAGGAGACUACCCCGCCCGCGCCAUCCAGACUCUGCAGAUGGAACUACAGCAAAUCAUGAAGGGUAACUACAGCUCCUUCAUGCAGAAAGAGAUCUUUGAGCAGCCAGAGUCUGUGGUGAACACCAUGAGAGGACGAGUCAACUUUGACAACAACACAGUGACACUGGGUGGACUGAAGGACCACAUCAAGGAAAUCCAGAGAUGUCGACGACUCAUCCUUAUCGCUUGUGGCACCAGUCAUCAUGCUGGAGUAGCAACCCGUCAGGUUCUGGAGGAGCUUACGGAGCUGCCCGUUAUGGUGGAGCUGGCCAGCGACUUCCUGGACAGAAACACCCCAGUCUUCAGAGAUGACGUCUGCUUUUUUAUCAGCCAGUCAGGGGAGACGGCUGACAGCCUCAUGGCCCUGCGCUACUGUAAGGAGAGGGGGGCUCUGACCGUGGGCGUUACCAACACUGUGGGCAGCUCCAUCUCCAGGGAGACCGACUGUGGAGUCCACAUCAAUGCUGGGCCAGAGAUUGGAGUAGCCAGCACCAAGGCGUACACCAGCCAGUUUGUGGCCCUGAUCAUGUUUGCUCUCCUGAUGUGCGACGACAGAAUUUCCAUGCAGCCCCGACGCCGGGAAAUAAUCCAGGGCCUGAGAGUGCUUCCAGAUCUGAUUAAGGAAGUCCUCAGUUUGGACGACGAAAUCCAGAAAUUGGCGACGGAGUUGUACAAGCAGAAGAGCGUCCUGAUCAUGGGCAGAGGCUACCAUUACGCAACGUGCCUGGAAGGAGCGCUGAAAAUCAAAGAAAUCACUUACAUGCACUCAGAGGGCAUCCUGGCGGGAGAGCUGAAGCACGGCCCCCUGGCCCUGGUGGAUAAACUCAUGCCGGUUAUCAUGAUCAUCAUGAGGGAUCACACCUACAUCAAAUGUCAAAACGCCCUGCAGCAAGUCGCCGCCCGCCAGGGCCGUCCCAUCGUGAUUUGUGAUAAAGAUGACCAUGAAACCAUAAAAAACUCUUGCCGCACCAUCAAAGUGCCUCACUGCGUGGACUGCCUGCAGGGCAUCCUGAGCGUCAUCCCCCUGCAGCUGCUGUCCUUCCACCUGGCCGUCCUCAGAGGUUACGACGUGGACUGUCCAAGAAACCUGGCCAAGUCAGUGACUGUAGAGUAAACGGUUCCACUCAUCACCCGACGGACGCCGCUCAGACCCCGAACAUCAAGGGAGCGUCUGUUUGAAGAAGUCACGUCCUGUUUGGAUGUCCUGUAUUCCUUUUAAUGCAAUCUUUUAGAUUGAUUUAUGUCAAUGUUGUGUAUUAUAUUAUAUCUUUUUUUUCUUUUUUUUAGAAACCGCUGACAUUGUUGUGUUACUGUUAGUGAAGUUUUCUUUGUGGUGGCAGUGUCUGGGCUCACGUGAUCACAUUUUAUUUUAGGUUUGCAAACCUGCAUCAAUUGACACUUAAUGAGGUUAUUUACAUUCUUACUCAAAACUUGUGAGCAAGUCCUCCAUGACUGUUGCUGGUUGGUCUCUGAGGAGAGCUAAGUUUAGAGCUGUUUUAGACUGAAGCCUUCGGAGCUUAUUUUCUUUCUUAGUGCAAUGAUUUGUAGUUUUAGUUGAGAUAUUCAUUCUUUGGCAGCUAAUGAUUUCGUGUUUUACUUCACAGUUGAAGUAAGCCACAGUCUUAAAUCAUUCCAAGCCGCAGGUCAUCACUUCUUUAAAUAUGCAGAAGAAAUGCAGCUUUAUGGGGGAGUAGCAUCUUAGCUUAAAUCAUAGAAAAAUAAAUGCUUGAACUUCUGUUGUUGCAUGCUUUGUGUGCAAUCACAUUUUGACUUUUGUUGCCUUACAUACAUACAUACCUUUUUUUUUUUUUUAUCUAUAUUUAAACAAAUUAUUUCAAGUGAGGAAAAAAGUUACUACCGGUAAUCUGAAGUUGAAGUUGCACUUAGUACCCAGCCCUCACUCUGCCACUGCAAUACUGGGACCAUUUAUAACUUAAUCUUAUAAAUGCUUUUUAUAUUAGUUACUUAUUCUUUAAUAAAAGUGAAUGUUACUGUCGUUUUAAAAUGUCAAACCAAAAAUCGCUACAACGGCUUUGACAACUGUAAACCAAAACCUAGUCUGUUCAUUCAUCGUUUGUGUUGUAGCCAAACUACUGAUCGUGCUCGAUGAACACAAGAAGGUUCUUCUGAAGCCCAGACGGGGCGCAGACCGUUACGUAGCGCUCGGGUCAUGCUGAUGUGUUUACCGAAGCAGAAAGCGAGUCGCCAUCUGUGUGCGUCAAUGAUGCCUGACGACUUUUCUUUAAAAGCCAAGGAAAAUAAAGAUGUGCACACGGUGCAGUAGAGCUGCUGCUUCUUUAGAGCAGAUCUUCAUGGCAUGGUUUAGGGUCAUUCUUACUGUUGCAAUCAAGCCUUAACUUGGGUUUUAAUGUUGUUUUUGCAUUGAGACAAAAAUGUGAAUGGGAUCGAAACAAUGUUACAGGUACUUCAUGUGUUUUUCUUUGUAACAGAAUAAAAUUAUUAUACACGGAGUCAUGUUUUAAGCACCAUUAGUUGUAGAAUAAGAGUCACUGAGACGCUUG